CAUCAAGGUAAACCGGACAAGAAACUCAGAUCAUUAAGAUGGAUCUGCUGUGGAGUUUGCUUUCUAUUACAUGUUUAUUCCUACAACUUGAAGGAUGCACCAGGGUGAUCAAACCUAACACUGUCGUUGUGGAUGUUGACAUGACACUCAGCACACCCAGCCCAUGCAGAAACGUGAUGCUCCAGUGUGGGGAACAUGGCCCCAGUGUGUACUGGCAGAAGGAGAAACAGAAGAUAGGAAAGGGGAGUGAGCUAACCAUUCACGUGGAUGAUUUCCCAGAUGCGGGUAAUUUCACCUGUCACAAUGACAAUGGGGAUAUUCUCAACCACACCCUCGUGUUAAUUCAAGUGACAAAAAACGACAGAGGAGAGUAUCCCAAACAAAUACUUCAAGAAAUCUCUGAUCAAAUAUAUGUUAAAUGUGAAACAAAAAACCAUUCUGGUGUAUUUGAGUGCUCGUGGAAUCUAAAUAUGAAUCGCAACACCGUCCAGAUUUUAGUUGAAGCUCAUCGGUCAAACUCCAGCAUCUCCUGCACUGUUCAUGAUCAGGACAAAUCCAGGGCUGUCUGUCAUGAAUUGACAUAUUGCCCAUUCCAAGAAGAGCUGGAGAAAGUGGGAUUUAAUUUGCAUGCAAUCGAUGGGCCGCGCUUUGAAAACUACUCCAGUGAGUUCUUCCUUGCAGACAUUGUGAAACCAGAGAAGGUACAAAUUCACAAGAAAGAUGAGGGAGACAAAAAGGUUGUCGUGUCCUGGGAAUACCCCCAGUCCUGGGAUCACCCGCAUUCCUACUUCCCUUUGACGUUUGAAGUUAAAGCCCUGAAAAACAAACAUAACUGCGACCAUGAAGUGUGUUCGGACCCGCGCACACCUAAUCACAAGCUGCCACACAAGGGCUCCUAUCAUUUCUUCACUGAAGAGACCAGCCUGCAGCUCAACCAUAGCACCAAGAAGUAUGUUUUCUGUGUAAGAGCAAAAGACAUGUACUGCAACUCUCCCUGGAGUGAAUGGAGCGCAAUCUGCUCCAAAAAACUAAGAAUUAAGAAACAAAGAAAUGAAAACCGUGACAGAAAAAAGAACAGCUAACACAGUGAUGUGCUGUGUAUGCCUUCACUGUAAGAGAAUCCACCACGGAUUUUAAAGCUCAGCUCUCAGCCACUUCAAACAGGAUAACUCCAUUCGGUUCUCAUUAACAAUGUGUACCUGACAUAUUUGACAGUACUGUUUUAUCUUGACCUUGCGGUUUUCAAUGUAACCUUUCAAACAGGAAAAAAAAAAAAAAAAACAUCCCAUAAUUAUUCAGCAUACAGUAUAUAGCACAGGAAAUACUGUUGUUGUACACACUGUAAAAGGGUAAGCUUAAAAAUGAUCAUAAGCUAUUAUUAUUAUUAUUAUUAUUAUUACUAUUAUUAUUAUUAUUAUUAUUAUUAUUAUUAUUAUUAUUAUUAUUACUUUUUACUGAAAUAUACUGUUACAUCAUUUCAAUGUAAUGUUUGAUGAUGCUCAAAUUAAUUUAUA